ACCAGUGCUGCUAGCUUACAGUACGCAUGCGCGAGCGACGCUAGUACUCGACUUCAGACUCGCGCAGCUUUGUGCUAAUUCUCAGUCUAAAGGAGAAAAGUUAUUUUUGAGGGACUACUUAAGAUGUCUUCCUCUAAACAGCUGCUCUAAGUGGGGUCAGAGAUGGCCGCAGACGUCGAUAAAAGGAGCCCGGAGACGGACUCUAACGGGCACCCGGCCACGGGCUCUGGGUCCUGGUUCUCCAGGGGGACGUGGACCUUGCUGGUGUUCUGCGCUGUGCCGCUUCUAGCGUUUGGGAUUAAGCACUACCAGGAUGUCCAGCUCCUCAAACGUCACAAAGAGAGCGUUCGAACUCUUGGUGCCGAGGGCCUUUUUCUCUUCUCCUCCUUGGACGCCGACCACGACCUCUAUCUCAGUCCCGAGGAGUUCAAACCCAUUGCGGAGAAACUCACAGGGAUCACAGCCCCAGUGGAUUUGGAGGAGGAGGAGAUUCAUGACCCAAAUGGGGAGACUUUGAUCUUGGAAGCCAAAAUGCAGGCUCUGCUGCUCGACUCCAUGACGAAAAGCAAGGACGGUUUCCUGGGAGUUUCUCACAGCUCGCUAAGCGGCCUUCGCUCUUGGAAGAGCCCUGCGGUGCCUUCGCUGUCUUUCUUUGCCAGCCAGUUCAGAGCAUUUCUACCCCCAAAAAACAAGAUGGAGGUUGGAGACACUUGGUGGGUGAUUCCCAGUGAGCUCAACAUCUUCACUGGAUACCUGCCCAACAAUCGGUACCACCCUCCCGCCCCAAAAGGCAAAGAAGUUCUCAUCCACUCCUUGUUGAGCAUGUUCCACCCUCGGCCCUUCAUCAAAUCACGUUUCGCUCCACAGGGAACAGUCGCCUGCAUUCGUGCCAGCAGCGAUUUUUAUUAUGACAUCGUCUUCAGGAUUCACGCAGAGUUCCAGCUCAACGAGGUCCCCAACUUUCCCUUCUGGUUCACUCCGGGACAGUUCACAGGCAACAUCGUCCUCUCGAAAGACGCUUCGCACGUCCGCCACCUCCACCUCUACGUCCCUAAUGACCGGUCUCUCAACGUGGACAUGGAGUGGCUGUACGGAGCCAGUGAGAGCAGCAACAUGGAGGUCGACAUCGGAUACCUGCCUCAGUUGGAGCUGCAGUCAUCAGGCCCGUCCACUCCCUCCACCAUCAUGGACGAGGAGGGAAAUGUCAUUGACAGCAGAGGCGCUGGCGGCGGAGAGCCGAUCCAGUUUGUUUUCGAGGAAAUUCAUUGGAGUUCAGAGAUCAGUCAGGAAGAAGCCUUAAGACGCUUGGAGGUGACCUUCUACCCGUUUAAGAAGGUGCCAUACUUGCCUUUUCCAGAGGCUUUUGAGCGAGCUGAGGCAGAGAAGAAGCUGGUGCAUUCUAUUCUGCUCUGGGGAGCUUUAGACGACCAGUCCUGCUGAGGUUCGGGGCGAACUCUCCGGGAGACAGUCCUGGAAAGUUCGCCCGUUCUGGCUCUGCUCAACCAGAGCUUCAUCAGCAGCUGGUCUCUGGUCAAAGAGCUGGAGAACAUGCAGGCUGACGACCAGAACCCUGCUCUGAGUACAAAGGCCCGUUUACACCUGGAAAAUUACAGUUUCCCAGUAGAGAUGAUGGUGGCCCUGCCUAAUGGAACCAUUGUCCACCACAUUAAUGCUAACUACUUCCUGGACCAAACAGCCAUGAAGCCUGAGGACGAAGGAGCAACUCUGAGCUUUUCUGGGGGGUUUGAAGACCCCUCCACAUCCACGUAUAUUACCUUCCUGAAAGAGGGGCUGGAGAAAGCGAAGGAGUACAUGGCACAGUAACGUGCUCAUAGAGACUUUCAACUUCUGAAAGGGACAAUUAUUCUGAUUAUUAAGAAAACACCAACAAUAUAUAGAUUGUCUAAUCUGUGUUGGCAGCUGGGAAACAAGUUUGCCUUUUGUCCUCCGUUCCUCAUUUGAGCAUUUUUCUUGGUUAAAAAUGACGUUUUUAUACAGGUUUUGUAUUCUGAGUGCACACGACUGACGUGCCUGCAGCUGCAGGUUAGUCAUUAAAAAUGUCAGCGGAGGCGUGUCACGUGACAUCCCAACACAACGCGCCGCCUAAAGCUGAUUGUUUUCAGUGUUUAAAGCAGAUCUUCCUGCUGUUCUUGGCGCUCUCAGUGGAGGUGAUGUUGUUGCCUCCAGCUGUGUCUCUGCAGUUUGUGAAGACUUCACCUGAAAGCUCUCUGAGCUGGGGGGCGUCUGAUUUUGUUGCCGGGGCUGCUGGAGGAAACUCCAUCCUCUCACUCGGAGGAGCGCACAAAACCAGCAGGAAACAAAAAAAAAAAAACUGAGCUAGACUGUUGCACAUAAAAUUAUAUUAUUUUAGAGUUUGAAACUGUGUUAAAAAUGUUUUUGCUUUUGUGAAUCAGAUGAAAUCCAAACCAAAAAGUGUUGUUUUGUUUGUUUGUCAGAUAAAUUCAGUCACACUUUUUUAUACUUAACGAAUAUGAAACAACUUAUUUUACAUUUUAGCAACAAAAAAAAAAAAAAAAUCAGUGCUGUGUAGGUUAAACUGACAAUUUGCAUGUUCUUGACAUGUUUCUUCUCACGUCUCUGGAUGUACAUCAACAACUCAUGAACUUUGACCUCAUUUAAGAUGGCUGCCACAGCUAACUGUCUUUAGCAAAGAAUGUCAGUAGGUCAUGAAUACUGAGCUGAAGUUUUGUGAGCAAGUAGCUGAGAAUCAUGAACACAAACUCUUGAGUGCCAACAGAUUGCACAAUACUAGAAUUUUAAAUUUGACAUGUAUAAAAUCCUGUCCGUACGAUGUUUAAAGCAGUCAAGGGGCUGGAACUGGAAAAUAAAUUGUAUUAAAA